UAGGUUUCCUGCCUCUUCCGUUGCAUGGUGGGUGUUGUUCUACUGGUUGUCGUUGAAAGACGAGCCCACUCCUACAUCAGCACCCCAAAUUCCAAAGACAGGCGUGCGUAAGGACCCUUCCUUGGAUUGUGGCCAGCCCAGCCCUCUCCCCACCCCGUUAAGUUGGAUCCCCCUCUGGGUCUUCGACACACUCUGAUACCUCGGCUUCUUUUCCCCCCGAUUAAUUUAUCAGACGGGGAUAUUUUGAGAAAGAAUCGUUUCUGCGGUCCGACUGGUGCGUGACACAGCAGGACCCUAGAGUUUGGUGACACCCCCUGAUGCUAUGGACCAGCAGAGAGACAGCUGGGAGCGCCCCAGCCACUUUAUUCUCACUGCCCUCGGCUAUGCAGUGGACACUGGGAGCUUUUCUAUUUUUUUUUUUAGGUGGCACAUUGGCGGCGGAGUUGCAUACUUCAUCCCAUACCUAAUCACCAUGGUUCUGUUCACCCUGCCGAUGGUGUACCUGGAGCUUUCCAUUGGCCAGCUGACCCAGAGAGGGCCUGUGAAGGCCUUCACCCAGCUCUGCCCCCUGUUCAAAGGAGUCGGGAUGUGCAUGGUGGUGAUGUCCUUCGUCCUCAUUGGCUACUUCAACGUCCUGAUGAGCUGGAUCCUGUUCUACCUCUUCAGCUCCUUCACUUCCAGUCUGCCCUACCUGACCAGCGACAACGCCUGGAACACGCCAGAGGCCAUCGGAAGCCUCUUGAACGACGUGGACAACUACACCAGCUUCUUUAACGACAGCACCGGUAUAUGGGAGGCGCCGAGGGCUACAGAGGAGUUCUUCCGUGUCCGGGUUCUUGGGAUUUCAGAUGGACUUGGACAAAUGGGCAGUGUACGCUGGGAACUACUUGGAUGUCUCGUGCUUACUUUAAUCAUCGAAUACCUUUGUAUCUUCCGAGGCGUGAAGCUUACCGGUAAGGUGGCGUAUGUGACUACACUGCUCCCCUAUGCUGUCCUCUUCAUUCUCCUAGUGGCAACCCUGAGACUGCCAGGCAUUGGAUACUGUCUCGCCAACGCCUUCAGACCUUCUUGGUACCGACUGAGUGAUAUUAAUGUGUGGACAGGUGCCUUUUCAGGGGCUUCGUACUCUUUUGGCGUGGGGACGGGGGUCAUGAUCUCCCUGGGUAGCUACCACAAGCACAACUACAACAACAUUUGCAGGGACUCUGUGAUCAUCACCGUGGCUCACUUUGCCUCUGUCCUCUUGGCUGCUAUCGUGGUGUUUUGCGGCAUCGGUCACCUCGGCUAUUAUCUCAAUAUUGACUACAACGACUUGCUUGUUGCAGGUCCAGACCUGCUGUUUAAAAUGUAUCCUGAGAUCUUGGCGGCCAUGCCUGUUCCUCCGCUAUGGGCUGUCCUGUUCUUCAUCAUGCUGCUCUGCCUGGGACUGGGCAGCCAGUUUUGCCACUUGGAGGUGGUGGGUUCGAGUGUGUUGGAGACUCUGGGCCCAAAGCUGCCUCCAGGCCUGAGGAGGAAGGAGAUUCUGCUCGUGCCCGUUUGCAUAGCCAGCUUCCUGGUGGGCCUUCCCUGUGUCUUCCAGGGUGGAAUGUAUGUGUUUACUCUAAUGGACUUCUACGCUUCGAUACCUGCAGCCAUGCUGCCUUUGUUGGAGAUUGUUGGCGUUUGCUGGAUGUUAGGUCCAACAAGAUUGUUUGACAUGUUCAGCAAGUCUCUGGGGAAAGGACCAAACAUAUUCUUCAAGGUGUGCUGGAUGGGUAUCACCCCCUUGAUUGUUGUGAUAUCAUUGGUGGUAACUUUGGCGUUUCACACCCCGUACUUUGGUACAGGAGAAUAUCCCUACUGGAGCAGGGCCGUGGGCUUGCUGCUCAUUGUGCUCAUGCUUAUGUGGGUCCCCAUCGCGUAUAUGCACGAACUCUGUUCCCCAUCACAUCCCCACGUCCCCAUACAUAGUGCAACGCCAGCUGAAGGUGAAAACCGAGUGGAGAUGGAGGAGGUCAAAUAACGACGCCAGGGGCCGCAUGGCAGCCGGAGCUGAUCAUUCGAAUCGUUCACCUGGGGACAGGGCUCAAGUGAGACCAAAAAAAAACAGCCCCAGCAUUUUUGACAUAGACCAGCUCCUCACACAGACACCCGUGCCAAAUGCCACAAAUACCUUAAUUAUUUUGGGCUCUGUCCAAAAUAUCCACAUAUGUACCUGUAUAACCAAGACCUCUGACAACUAUCAACUGACACACAAGAUAUUUAGGAUGGACAGAUUUAUUUUUUUUACAUAAUCACACAUUAACUUUUUGUAAGUGGCUGUGGAGAACGUAUAGGCCCACUAAGUAGCAGUAGAAGUAAUUCAACAGGUCACUAUUCAACACUAUUGCUUAGUUGGGUGUCCAAAAAAAGAAUACACAUCUUAAAUCAUUGAAAAGUAGG